AUGUCACCAGAAUUGAAAUGCUCUCAUAAAUUUGACCUAGCAGCACAAAGUGCUUUAGAUUCAGUAAUUGAAGACGGUGAAGUAUCUGCUAAGGAACUACAGCUUCAUCGAAUUCUUCCCCAGCACAAAGCUGUACUUGUACUCAGCACUUUUACGCUUAUAUUUGGUGUGGUUGGGAUCACGUUUGGAUUACUUUCAGUUUGUUCCAAACUUUGUGCUUUAUUUUACGGUACACUAUUGUUUAUUUCAGCAAGUUGUUCUGGUUUAGCAGAUCUUGUAUUCUUGUUAGCAGCAGCUCGAAUCAACAUUCGUUAUGUACCAGGAAUCGUUGAUAUUUAUGAGCAGCGAUUAGGCUAUGCAGUAAUCUUUCAUGCUGGAGCUUCACUAGUGUUAUUUUUUUCAUUUUUUGUCUCAGUUAUAUCUGGAUGUUUAUUAGUUUCCCCAAAUUCAUUAAGCAAAAGACGAUAUUAUAACAGCGACUACUGCCAUUGUCAGAGUCCAGAGCUACGAGCCUACCAAAAAAAUCCGCUGCACACGGUGUUGGAGGCACAAGAUGAAUUCAUCAACGAUGAUUUGUCCGAAAGCAAAGAGGGAGACACGUCACCGGUGUCUCUUCUAUAA